UCAGGAGCGACUUUCCGCCUCGGAGCUGCUCGAGUCGGCUAGCGAAGUCCGAAUUCCGUGCGCGCGCUCGCCUAUGCCGUAUACGUACGUGCACAUGCAGUUGCCGCUGCUGCGAUAUAGACCAAGUUUUAUUGCACAUGCCAAGUGUGAAAUGUGAUUUCAUAAGUGCGUUGAUCUUUUUGAAGCCGAGUAUCGCAGACAUGGGGCGGAUAAAUCACUGGCACGGAGGAUCCAAGUUUCAAAGUCGGCGAAUCGAGGCGAUGAGUUGCAAGAUCGUUGAUUGAAAUCGGCUUCCGGAAUUCGGGCUAUCAGGUAAGAAUUCGUCUUGAAGGUUAUAGAAGGAUGUACCCAGGUUAUGUACCAUGUUACCAAGAACAGCUGGAAGAUAGAAAAUAAAAAUUAAAAAUGUUUCGCGAUUACGUGGUGCUGCUCUCGUGGCUUUGCACAGUAAGCUGUAAAGAAGGGUAUUUUUGGCACAUCGGUGACAUCCAUUACGAUCCGACAUACUCCAUCCAGAGCAACGGCGAUGGAAGCAAAUGUUUGAACAGCAGAGGCAGCGAGGAGAGCAACGGCGGCGCGGGACACUUGAGCCGGCUGAAUGGACGGGGCUCGAGUGGCGGGCUUUACGGUCAUUACGACUGCGACUCGUCCUGGGCACUCGUCGAUUCGGCUGCCAAGGCAAUGAAAGGCAUCCAUCUCGACAGCAUCGAAUUCGUACUCUGGACCGGUGACGCGCUGGCCAGGGACGAGGAGAUGCCGCUGGAGCUGAGAAUGCAGUACUUGAAAAACAUAACGGACCUCUUGUCGCACACGUUCACGGGACAAUUUAUCUUCCCGGUGCUGGGCCACGACGACGUUAGACUCCUGAAUUUAUCCCAGAUUGCGAGUCUCUGGAGCAAUUGGCUGCCCGACGAGGCACUUGUUACGCUUCGGGAAUACGGCUACUACAUGAUUGAACAGCGCUCGAAAAAUUACCAGAUCAUUUCGUUGAAUACGAACUUGUGGCUGAGUGGCUAUUCAUCAGGGGCAAAUGUCGAGGCUCGCACAGGUGCCAGCAGUGGUUACCAGCGCUCAAUAAGUAACUCGGCCCAGGCAGCGGCCUCGACGGAUCCCGAUCCCGGCGGCCAAUGGAAAUGGCUCGACUCCGUCCUCCACAACGCCAGCAAAGCUGGCAAAAUCGUCUACAUAGUAGGUCACACACCGCCAGGCGUCGACGAUCGAAACACCGGCUUCAGCGGCCUGAGCGACGAGCACAACGCGCAUUACUUGCAGGUAGUGCGUCAGUACUCCAACAUCAUAAAAGGUCAAUUUUUCGGCCACUGGCACUCGGACACAUUCAGGAUUGUUUACGACGAUAACAAUCAACCAGUGUCGUGGAUAAUGAUUUCCCCGAGCAUCACUCCCUACAGACCCGGCGGCCCAAAUAAUCCUGGACUGAGGCUCUACAAAUUCAAUAUCGAUUCCGGCGAGGUGUUGGAUUACUCGCAGUACUAUUUGAACCUGGCCGAAGCUAAUCUCGGCAAACGUACGAAUUGGCGCCUGGAAUACAACUUGAGGGAACAUUACGAAUUGGCCGAGGUCUCGGCUUUGAGCUUGCACGAUCUCGCCGAUCGAUUCACCCAGCCCAACAAUCAUGCUUUCUCCAGAUACUACCAGGCGAAUCGUGUCUCAUUACCGCGCGACAUCGAAGAGAUCUGGGGAUGCGACCGAGCUCUCAGCGGUCUCUGCGCGCUGCGUCACUUCUGCGCCGUCACUCGGCUCAAUCAGCGCUCCUACGACAAAUGCGUGGCCACCUACACCCUCGUAUUGACUCAGACGGGAGCUGCGAGCGACAAUACUCCUGAUGGCCGCCAGCUAGUCUUCUGGGCUGUCGUCUCGUCGGCAGCCACCUUCUUCGGCGUGAGGUAGUUCUAGCGACUCCAAACUGCCCCUCCCGCCACACGAAAGAGUCUUAUUUAAAGAGAAAUAAAAUUAAAAUAUAAUCACUGUGUCGCAUGCAGUGCAUGUUUGCUGUCGUGUAUGAAUGUUAUAAAUACAAAAAUGGAUAAGAAAUGUCGAUGUUUUUCAAUUCUCUCGUCGUCGUGCAAAAACAAACAAAUAUUGGCUGUCCGAAAAAUAUGCAUAGUUAUCAGUACCCGUUAAUAUGAAUAUUCAGAAAAUACAAAGCUUUGAUAACCGAUCGAUACUUUACUUUUUCAACAACCCUUUCCUUCACUUAAAAAGCCUUGACUGCAGUUAAAGAAUCGCAACUUUUAAUCGAAUGUGAUACGUAGGAUCUUGUUUAGUUCACACACACACGUGCGCGGGCACACAUACACAUAGUUCGCGCACACAAAUCGAACGCUUGCAAACCUCAGCACAAUUGAUUUCUUCCAGUACAGCGAGUACAAUAUUAAUUACACUGCCAAUCCUAAGGUGAAGAGCAAAAAAGCAGCGAGUUUUUAAAAGCAUCUCUACGAAACACUGCCAAUUAUUUUAAUUAAUUCUACUAUAUGUUGAUAGGUAUAAUAUGUAACAAAAAUACGAUAUAAUUAGUUGAAUCUUUACGAAAAAUUAUACGUAUUUGUUGUCAAGAAAAUACCUUAUGUGAUAUUGCGAAUAGUCGAAGUUAAAAGACAUUUUUUAUAAAGUAAUGAUACGCUACGUGAAUCGUGAUAUUUUAGAAAUAAUGCAGAGUAAACUGAAAAUGGUUAAAUGCAAAUGUUAGUGUCAUACACAUAAUUGUGAUGUAAAUUUUGACUUUAAAAUUUUCUAAAUGAAAGCUUCGUUUCAUGCGCACAAAAUGUACGAAUCUCCAUAAUUCACUAAUGUAACGUUAAUUGUAAAAACCCUUAGCUGCGAAUAAAAACUUUUUUCUAUUUCUAAUAGACGAAUGUUUGUUUGGUUAUCAAAAGAUGGAUGGAAAUACUAUAUGAAUGUGUAUAACGAUACGAAAUAAACCAUAUGUACCGUACC